AAUAUUGAAACAACUUUCCCAUUGUUGGAUUGCCCUCUUAUUGUGGAAAACAAAUAGAACUAACAACAUUCGCGCAAGCCAAAAUUUAUGGAAAAUAAAAGGAAAACAAAAAAUAGUUGUGGGUCUUUUGUCUGUGGGUAUUCUGUCCUUGUGGGUCUUCUGUCUGUGGGUCUUUUGUCUGUGGGUAUUCUGUCCUUGGGUCUUCUGUCUGUGGGUCUUCUGCGUCGACACGUUUUUUAAGGAGCAAACAGCUACUUUAUAGGGGAAAGAAUGUUGAUUGUUGUUGUUGAAAAGGUGGUAGCCAUUUAAAGGAAGGAGAAGGGCGGCCAACACCCAAAAAUGAUUUUUCCUUAAAAAAUCGCUGUUGGGGUUUGAGCAGUUGUAUUUUUAUUCUUUUAGUUUUGUGAUCAAUUUAUGUAAAACAAAAACAAUCAACAAUGCUUGUAACUACCACAACAACCCCAUUGGGUGCAGAUUUUCGUUUAAUUGACGAGCCUGCUUCUUCUGUUCAUUCUCAUUCUACUCCACUAAAAACAACAUUGGACAACAUUCAAAAUGGAAGGAAAACUUCUUCACUUUCUUCUUCUUCACUUCAAUCAUCUACAAUGCUUUUAAUUGCAGAACAACAACCUUCUACAGGAGAAGUUUCUCUUAAAAUGUUGGAACGGAAAAUGAAUGAAACCAAUUUGGGGAAUAAUUCUUCUACUGCUCGGAGUAGGAAAAGGUAUAGUUUAAUAAAGCCUCAGAAUUUUAUAUUUUUAAUUUUAAAAAUUUAACCUUAAAAAUUCACAACUAUUUAAAUCCAGGCUUUAAUUACUCCAAUUUUUUGGUUCUUUAAUUCACCCUUUAUUGGUAAAUGUCCGGUUGGUGUCCUACAUGUCCGCAAAGAGAAUGCGCAUUUUUCCUUCCUUUUCUUGCAUUUUUUUCUGCAAGGAGUGGCGCCCAUUUUUCCUUUGUGUAUGGUAGCCUUUUGGCAUGUCGAAGGAAAGAGGGAAAAUAAUAAAAAUUAAUUACUAAUAGAGUACA